AUGCAUAGCAAAGCGCUCAAGAAAGAAUCGGAAGAGAUCGUCGAACUCUCCGGGUAUCAAGCAUCUCUCGACGACACGGAAACGCCCGACAGAGCCAUCAAAAGUGAAUAUGAAGGACUCGUCGAACUCGAUCGAUGCCCGUCCAGUCGUCACAGCGAGCCCUCUCUACCCGAAGCACACCCCCUCGAGCGCCACAGAUCCCGCAGAAAACAUUACUCGGCGCCGCCAAACCUCGAGGCAAAUUUCAUCGCAAGCCGCAAACUUCGCCACCUCACUGAGUACAAAUGGCGCCGACAGCAAGUAAUCAACGGCGUCGGAUACCCCGGUUGCAAGAACCGCGGAAAACCCCAAAUCGGCAAGUUGUGGUGGGGGUUCGCAAAGCAGGCCAACGGAACAUACACAAUGGAGCGCGGCCACAUCAAUGGGAUCCUCCUCUUCCAGUACUUUACCUUGGUCCACCCGCAAUCGCCGCCGAUGGGAAACGGCUUCUCGCCGGCGGACCUGUGCGAUAUCCGCGAGCUGCAUGUCUGGGACGAGGAAAUUAAGAACCCAAUUCAACAUCUCCACCUCUCGCCGGCUGUGGGGACAAUUUCGGUGGGGUUUUAUCAGAGUCCCUGUGAGCCGGAUGUGUUGCGCGUUGGGUAUGGGCCUGUUGUUGAUAUUCGGCGCGACUAUCUCUUUUGUUUUGUGGUUCCGCCGCCCGGCAAUGAGGCCCUUGUGUCGGAUGUCGAAGCGGCGGAGAUAUGCCGUUGCUGA